AUGUUUAUAUACCUCUGGUCACUAGUGUGCUGGUAUUUCAGACCCAUUAUAAAAUGGUUACUACGACACACAACUCAAAUGUGCGAGCUUCAAAGAAUUUGCUAUGGAGAACUACCUGGAGCACCAAGGACAUUAGCUGUAGAGGAAUCUCUUAAGUUAUCUAGAAAUGCUAAUAUCAAAGCUCUUGUUGUCUACUUGAAUGAUUCUGCUGAUCAACGUGCAAUUACAAAGCAAAUAAAGCGUAACAUUAUAAAGGAAGCUAUUAUAACUGUGUUGGUGACUAAGAAAGUAAAUCCAACAGCUCAUCCUGACUUUGCCAAAUCAUUUGGUAAAUGUGUAGAGUUAAUUUGGGGCUAUAGACAACUUUGUGUGGAAUGUGAAGAGCUUAGGAAAACACCUUAUGAUGCUGAUAAUCCAGAGCAUGAGUUGUUGCUGUUAAAGUUGUGGAACUUAUUGAUGCCUUAUGAGCCUUUAGAUGCUAGAGUUACCAAGCAGUGGCAACAUAUUGGUUUUCAGGGAGAUGACCCAAAAACAGAUUUUCGAGGAAUGGGAAUUUUGGGAUUAGAAAAUUUAGUUUAUUUUGCUCAAGAAUAUCCCAGUGCUGCAACACAUGUACUGUCACAUUCUACACAUCCACGCUAUGGCUAUGCAUUUGCCAUAGUUGGUAUAAAUUUAACAAGUAUGGCUCUAAGGUUGUUAAAAGAUGGAAGUGCUAAGACUCAUAUUUAUAAUUCUGCAAAGAGCUUUCCAACAAUUCGUGCAUUUCAUCAGUUUUAUUGUUAUCUGUUCUAUGAGUUUGAUGGGUUUUGGAUUGAUUCAAAACCAAGCAAUAUGAUGGAGUUUUCAUCCAUACAAGAAAAAUUUGAAAAUAGUAUCAGAAUGGCAUUAGCUGACUCAUCUACAGUCUUUAGGAUAAAUAUAUCAGUUGAUAAUGUUUAA